UAAAGAAAAUUAAUACACAAAAAAAUAAUCAAUGAAAAGAAGAAAAGAAAAAGAGAGGCAAACAAGUGAGCCAACCUUUUGAGAGCUAAAUGUUUAAUCAAAAAAUAUAUUUCACCACCACCGGGUGGUUACUGUGCUGCUGACUUUCAAAUAGGAUAAAACAUAAAAAAAAAAAGAAAGAAGAAAAUCAUAGGAGACAGGAGUAUGGGUUUUGCUGUUGCCACAUUUUGUAGAUAAGCAAAAGCAGCUAUGAAAACAACCAAAAAAUAACAAAAGGAAAUUCUCUGACAGUGCUUAACAAACAACUGAAUGGCAGAUUUAUUAAAAAACUGCUCAUCAACAAGCGUGGCGAUAAUAAAAAAAAAAUUAAAGUAAUCCUUACGAGAAUAUAAAAAAAAAAUAAAAAAAUAAAAAAACAAGAAAAAAGGAACUCUCUUCAAUCGUUCGUGCAUGAUAAUCGUGAUCCUUUGCUUGCUCAUCAAUUCUCGUUAAGUUUCCUUCCAAGUGUCUAUUAAAUGUAAUAAUAGCAGCCACAACGUCAACACAGUAAAAUUAAUCGAACCUUGUCUGUGAAAACUCCCAUCGCUUUAAUUAUUAGUUUAAUCAAAGUGUUUGUUUUGAGAGCAACGUAGGAUAAAAUAAAAAACCGCCAACCUGGAACUAAUGGAAUUAGAGAACAUUGUGGCCAAUACGGUCUACUUAAAAGCCAGAGAAGGUGGUUCUGACAGCAAUAAAGGAAAAAGUAAAAAAUGGCGCAAAAUUCUACAAUUUCCACACAUAUCUCAAUGUUUGCAUUUGAAAGACAAAUUAGAUCGUCUCUCGUGUUCAUUAUCUUUUACGCGUAUAGAUAUAAGCUAUGCUUAUGUGAUAGAUCAACAGCCCAUUGGCCGAGAAUUAUUUCGCCAAUUUUGUGAGAGUAAAAGACCAUUAUAUUUUCGUUAUAUAUCGUUUGUGGAACAAGUGCACAGAAUUAUUUUUUUAUACAUUUCCAGGUAUGAAGUGGAAUAUGACGAGCAUCGCAUUGCUAUAGCUCAUGAUAUUGGACGUAGAUUUUUAGGUUUGGAGGCGGCACCCCCCUUACAUGUAGAAUCACAUAACAACGGCGGCCAUUCAUCAUCGGCCGCAUCAAAUGUAGGGAACAAUGAGACUGAAAAUUGUAACAAUACCACCGCCAAUGCAAUAACUGUUCAUCCUACAAAACAUAAACUCUAUCGACAUCACAAUGGAGAUGAACACAAUAACAGUAUUGUUGAUUGCAAUGAAAUAGUUUAUAACGAUGGCGGUGGUGGUGGUGGUGGUGGUGGUGGCGGUGGUGGCGACGAUGCUGCUGGAAACAACGGUCUUGACAGUCCUUCAUUGACAAAAUUAAAUGGUAAUUCCAAGAAUUUGCCUAGUGAUGAACUAGUCUUGGAUGUGCUAAACGAUGAUCUCAUAGCUCGCGUACGUGAUAAAAUCAAUAGCGGCAGUAAAGAACUCUUCGAGCCUUGCGUUAACGCAGUUAAAGCAUUUUUAGCUGGCGAACCCUUUCGCGAAUUUGAAAACUCAAUGUACUUCCAUCGUUAUCUUCAAUGGAAAUGGCUCGAAUCACAACCCAUUACCUAUAAAACAUUUCGCAUGUAUCGAGUGUUAGGCAAAGGUGGUUUCGGUGAAGUCUGUGCUUGUCAGGUACGUGCUACUGGUAAAAUGUACGCUUGCAAGAAAUUGGAGAAGAAACGUAUCAAAAAACGUAAAGGCGAAUCUAUGGUAUUAACGGAAAAGCAAAUAUUGCAAAAAAUCAAUUCGCGAUUUGUUGUUAACCUGGCUUAUGCAUACGAAACAAAAGAUGCCCUAUGUUUGGUACUAACUAUUAUGAAUGGUGGUGACUUAAAAUUUCAUAUUUAUAAUAUGGGUGGUGAUCCCGGCUUUGAAUUGCAACGGGCUCGUUUCUAUGCGGCAGAGGUGGUCUGCGGUCUCGAGCAUUUACAUCAACAGGGUAUCGUGUAUAGAGAUUGUAAGCCCGAGAAUAUUUUGCUUGAUGAUCAUGGACAUGUUCGUAUUUCUGAUUUGGGUUUAGCCGUCGAAAUUGAAGGUGAAAUGGUUAGAGGUCGUGUUGGAACUGUGGGUUAUAUGGCUCCCGAAGUGAUUGAUAACGAAAAAUACUCAUUUUCCCCGGAUUGGUUCAGUUUUGGUUGUUUAUUAUAUGAAAUGAUUGAAGGACAGGCACCAUUCCGUAUGCGUAAAGAGAAAGUGAAAAGAGAAGAAGUGGAUAGGAGAGUUAAAGAGGAUCCUGAAAAAUAUUCGAGUAAAUUCAUUGAUGAAGCACGAUCGUUAUGCCAACAAUUGUUAGCUAAAUCAAUUAAAAUGCGUUUAGGGUGUCGUAAUGGCCGCUAUGGAGCACGUGAAGUUAAAUUGCAUCCAUUCUUUAAUUGCAUUAACUGGAAACGCUUAGAAGCCGGCAUGGUCGAACCACCAUUUAUGCCCGAUCCUCAUGCUGUGUAUGCCAAAGACGUUUUGGAUAUUGAACAAUUCUCUACGGUAAAGGGGGUGAAUAUCGAUGAAUCGGAUUCAAAUUUUUAUACGAAAUUUAAUACCGGUUCCGUAUCGAUAUCAUGGCAAAAUGAAAUGAUGGAAACUGAUUGCUUUAGAGAAUUGAAUACAUUUGCUGUUGAUGAUAGUCCCACGCCAGAUUUACAGUUGAAUGCUGCGCCAAUACCCGACAAGGCCGGUUGUUUUCCAUUUAGAAGAAAGAAAAAACAACCGGCACGAACGCAACCGAUACCCAUUCCUGAACAUUUAUUAGCUGCUAGUCAUAGUGUUUCGUCGACCACAGUUGAAAGCUGAUAAAAUGAUUAAAACAUAACUAAAAUGAUCAAAACCAGUCAUUAUUAUAUUUUUUGAUCUAAUGUGUGAAUAGUUCAUAAUGCUGAUUAUAAAAAAAAAAAGCUGUUAAACUAAAACUACUUUAGUAGAGGUCUAGAAGUUUAUACGUACCCUAACAUAAGCCGGGCAUUAGAAAUCCUAAUAGCCUUUCCAUAGUAAGCAUGUAACUAUCUCUUCUAGAAAUUGAGUAUAUGUGUGUGUGUUUAUGUGUGUGUGCGGGCGUUUAUGUGUAUUUGUGUUUUGUGUGAGUGCGUUUAGGUUAUAGGGUGAGUGAGCGAGCGAGCUUGUAGGGACAUUAAUUAAUUAACUAACAAACACGAAAAGGAAGCUUUUUGGUCAUAUUCAUACCACAUAUAUAUAUAUAUUCUUUGCGCAUCGUUUUAAGCGAUCCUUCGCACAUCAUGUGUUUUAUAUAAACUUGGCUUUAUUUGUAAAUUUUUUGAAAUAAUUUCUUCGUUUUACAUAUGUAUCAUAUUUA